AUGGCAGUAAAAACAACACGGCUGCAUUCGACUGUAAUAAAAAAGAUUUGUUUACAUCAGUUCCACGUAGAGUCUAUAAAAAAUUUAUUAAAGGAUCUUAUGGAAUGUUUCUCAAUGAAAGAAAAUACUGAAAACUUAAAACUUUUGUUGAUGAUGGUGGUUGAGAAAAUUCUUCUGUGUUUUCCAAAAUUGGUUCACUCGUUUUUUGCUUUAAUUGUCAUUGAUUUGAGAUUCAGAGAAAAACAAUCACGGAAAUGUCACGUAGUGGUGUAA